UUUUCUUUUUCUUUUUUUUUUUUUUUCAAGCGAAUACGGAUGGUUUGAUUGGCUUGUAACACCCUAUUUUUCAUUGGCCAGCCGUUGGCGGACUAUGACUUGCUUUUCAUGGAGUUAUGCUCUCAUCACAUCAGAGCGUGAGAGUAAUGAUUAUGCUAAAACGUCAUUCAAAACCCUAAUGCAGGUUACUGCACACGACCACAUUCUUUCUUCCACUUGUAACCAUGAGUACCGCUCCACAUCUUUCAGCUCUUCACACACGCCUAUUCCAGGCUAAAGACGAACGUAAACUUAGCUUCAACGAUAUCGGACAAAAACUUGGACGCGAUGAGGUCUACGUUGCUGCCAUAUUCUACGGCCAGGCCAAGCCCAACGAUGAGGAGUUGGAAGGGUUGUCCAAAGUGCUAAAUAUUCCUACGGCUCAUCUCAAGGACGAACUGGGUAGUCAUUUCUAUCCUAGCCGUGGCGGUUUGACACAGAUGCCACCUACAGACCCUACUCUUUAUCGAUUCUACGAGAUACUGCAGGUAUAUGGCUACCCAUUGAAAUCCGUCAUCCACGAAAAGUUUGGUGACGGUAUCAUGUCUGCCAUUGACUUUUCAGCCAAAGUAGACAAGGUUGAGUCGGAGAAAGGUGAUCGCGUUAAAAUUACGCUUGACGGCAAAUUUUUGCCUUACGCCAAAUGGUAAAAACAUCUGUGUAUCUCGAAGCUGUAAAUUGUUGUAUCCGUGCAACAAGUGGUAGAUUCUUCUCAACCUAUUGUACAAUUCAGUGUCUACUACUUUGUGAAAUAAAUUACGUUAUCCGGAUUGCUCGCUUGUAGCUUGGCCGUCUACUGGCAAAACACAUUUAAACCAAUGGCAUCAAAAGCCACAUUGGGUGAAAUAAUCAUGGCUUCAGGACGCAUUGCCAUCAUUGGUGAAUAAAGGUUGAACCACUGAUUGAAGACACGGUACAACCGUGAUGCCUAUCCG